AUGGCCAUUGUAACAAAUGGUUCUCAUGCACCCAUUGCACCAGAAAACAUCUUCACAUGCUUGGGAAGCUCAGCUGGAGAUGCCCCAGGCAGUCUGGUCUCCAGAGUUCUUCAGCAACCAAGACUUCACUUUGGAGACUGGAAUGACAAUAAAGGGUUACAUCUUUGGCUAAUUUUCAGGGAGAUGCUUCCCCAUAUUCAGAAAAGCAUUUCUCAGUUUCUUUCUUCCCUUCUCAUAUCUCUGCUGCUGCAGCUUCCAGGUUCUGGGCACAGGACAGAGAAGUUCCCCUGCUUUCCAAAGAUUAACCCCAUAGUUUCCCAAGAUGGGGACCUGCUGAUUGGCAUCUUUUUAUCCUUGUUCUCAGUUGAAGUAAACAGUGAAACAGGAGGAGAACUGUUUGAAAGUCCUCCUAACAAAGCUUGUAAGCCUUAUCAGUGGCUGCACAAAAAUUACCAACAAACACUAGCCCUAGUAUUUGCUAUAGAGGAGAUAAACAGGGAUCCCAGUCUGUUGCCCAACAUUUCCCUGGGAUUCCACCUCUACAACACAUACCACAGUGAUGAGAGAACCUUGGAGAGCUCCCUGCAGUGGCUGUCUGGGCUGGGCCAGUUCAUUCCCAACUUCAGAUGUAAGGAACAGGACAAGUCUAUGGCUGUUAUUGGAGGAGCCACAUCAGCUCUCUCUUUCCAGAUGGGGACAUUGCUGGACCUCUACAAGUUUCCACAGGUCAGCUAUGGUCCAUUUGAUUCUGUUCUUAGUGACAAGGUCCAGUUUCCUUCACUCUAUCAGAUGGCCCCCAAAGACUCUUCUCUUCACCAAGGUGUUGUCCGGUUACUGGUGUAUUUUAAAUGGAACUGGAUAGGUCUGGUUGCCUCUGAUGAUAUAAGAGGGGAAGAAUUCCUCUGGGAAAUAAGGGGGGAAAUGGUAAAGAAUGGUGUUUGUGUGUCCUUCACAGAGAAGAUCCCUGUCAGUGAGAGAAGACAUAUGGAAUCUCAUGAGAUGUUUGUGCCCAGGAUCUUAACAUCAUCAGCCAAGGUGAUUGUCAUCCAUGGUGACACGGAUUCAUUAAUGAUUCUGAGAUACUCACAACUCCCUUUUCUCCCAAUAGCAAAGGUGUGGAUUGCCACAUCUCACUGGGACAUUACCAUGAGACCCUUUCAGCAUCAAGGUGAACAAUUCCAUGGCGCUCUCACAUUUUCAUACUCAACAAAUGAAAUUCCUGGGUUCAAGACUUUUCUUAAGACAGUUACACCUUCUAAAUACCCGGAUGACAUUUCACUUAGGGGAUUCUGGCUCUCAGCUUUUCUGUGCCCAGAUCAACCAGAAAACCCAGAGCAAGAGAUAUGUUCGCCAAAUGCUUCCUUAGAGACCUUGCCUCUGUGCUCUUUUGAUAUGGCUAUGUCUAGCUUUAGUUAUGCAAUCUAUAAUAGUAUCUAUGCUGUGGCUUGGGCUCUCCAUGAAAUGUUUAUGAGACAAAGAUCAAUGGGAGAUGAAAAACAUGCAAUGGCUCAUUCAUGGCAGCUGCACUCCUUCCUGAAGAGCACCCAAUUUAACAACAGCGCUGGUGACCAGGUGUUUGUGGACGAAAAUAGAAGAUCAGAGGCUCAAUAUGCCAUUAUGAACUAUGUGAUGUUUCCCAAUUGGUCUGAUGUUCUGCUGAAAGUAGGGCAUUUUGUCCCUCAGGCUCCAGUAGGUCAAGAUUUCACAGUCUGUGAGGAUGCCAUAGUGUGGACUAUGUCAGAUUCAAAGGUUCCCUCUGGGGUCUGCAGUGACAGUUGUACUCCUGGAUUCAGGAAGACCCCUUUGGAGGGGAAGGCUGCCUGCUGCUUUGACUGCUCCCCAUGCCCAGAAGGGGAAAUUUCUGGUCAGAUGAAUGCAGAGCAGUGUAUGAAGUGCCCAGAAGAUGAAUAUCCAAAUAAGUGGAGAGAUGGCUGCAUCCCCAAGGUUGUGAGUUUCCUAACCAUGGAAGAACCUCUGGGGAUGACUUUGGUCUCCGUGGCUGUUUCCUUCUCCUUACUGACAGCUCUAGUCCUGUGGGUCUUUGUGAAGUUCCAAGACACUCCCAUUGUUAAAGCCAAUAACCGGCCCCUUAGCUAUUCCCUCCUCAUCUCCCUUACCUGCUGUUUCCUCUGCUCCUUGCUCUUCAUAGGCCAUCCUACCACUGUCACCUGUCUCCUCCAACAAACAGUAUUUGCAGUUGUGUUCACAGUGGCAGUUUCCUCCAUUUUGGCCAAAACUAUCAUUGUGGUUCUGGCUUUCAGGGUCACAAGACCAGGGGAUAGGAUCUGGAAGCUGAUAUAUCCUCAUGUGUCCAACUAUGUUGUCCUCAUCUGCUCAGGGAUCCAAGUGAUGUUCUGUGCCAUCUGGCUGGGAACCUAUCCCCCCUUUCCAGAGGCAGACACACACUCAGAAUCUGGCCGCAUCGUCCUGAGGUGUAACGAGGGCUCUGUCUUUGCCUUUUACUGUGUCCUGGGCUACAUGGGCAUUCUGGCCCUGGCAAGCUUUACUGUAGCUUUCCUGGCCAGGAACCUGCCUGACUCCUUCAAUGAAGCCAAGUUCAUCACUUUCAGCAUGCUGGUGUUUUGCAGUGUCUGGGCCUCUUUUCUGCCCACAUACCAGAGCACCAAAGGGAAGGCCAUGGUGGUGGUGGAGGUCUUCUCCAUCUUGGCCUCCAGUGCUGGCCUGCUGGGCUGCAUUUUUGUUCCCAAAUGUUAUGUGAUCCUCCUGAAGCCUGACAGAAACACCCAGGAAGAGAUCAAGAAUAAAUGGGAUUCUAGAGGCAAGAUGUCUUCUAAAGCACAGCCUUACACUUCCCGCUCUGGGAACAGCAGGUCUGAAGAAUAG